GUUCUGCAUAUUGCCCAGCUUCUAAAAGCUGUCCAGCAACUGGAUGCUAGUAUCGACUGCAUGCUGGCUCGGCUGUAUCAACAGCGUGGAUCCGUUGAGGCAGCACAGUUCUGGCGGAAGAAACUCUAUCGGCCACCUCUUCUAAGUGUUUUCGACCAGAACAACGUCAAGCUGUGGGAGGCAAUGGCCGAUCGCUUCUUCGACAACGAUCUGUGCGUGUUUGCGGCAGAUUUCUAUGCCCAAGCCAUGGCUGCAGAUUCUGGAAACGAUUUCGUACCGUCGAUUCGCUUUCGAUACCGAUAUUUGGUUUCACUGAUGUCGUUCCCCCGAAGUCAAACUCGAACCGGACUUCGUGGAAAAGUGUCGGCACCUUCAUCCACUUCUCCCUCCCCGACAAGAAAGCCGUAUACGAGUGAUACGAUGCGCAAGAAGACUCAGGUCAUACCGUCUCGCGAUAUUUCCACGGAGCCAGGCAAAAAGACGAAUGCGAAUGGAAUCGACACCCGUAAUAACGCACCUACGAUUGAUGAGACCUCGAUAACCGCAAGACGGCGCGAAUAUGUUACGACUCGCGCUGCAAUGAAGAAGUCCAGCGAAUUCUGUAAGCAAUCUCCUACGAAACGCAGUCCCAGAGGUCUCAGACGUCCCAAGGGCUCAACCCACGCGGAUCCGACAUAUGAGCGGCCUCGAUCUGCUCAAUCUACCAAGCUUUCUGCUAGAGACGAGCAAGGCAUGACCCGGUCAUCCAGUACCAGCUUGUUGGACGUUUAUCCUCUGCAGUUACCAAGAACGGAGGACUUUGUUGCCGCCUGCGGUCGGGAACCAGGUUUCGCAGAUCUCGACUUGGACGAGGUGAGCGAGUUCGCUCGUUUGGCACACUACCGAGCUCGCGUUCUUGCUGGCAAACACGCUCGUGUGGAUAGCUUAGACACUGCGAAAGUCAAGCCCCAAUGGCUGCAGGAUCUUGAGCGAGCGGUGACGCUAGUAGGAACUCAGCAACAACGCAACCUGAUCAGUGGCAAAGUGGUGGUCGAGGCUGACUCCAUUGCCCACUUGUCCGAGGUGCACACGCGCGUGGUGCUUCAGAUCACGACUUUGUGUCGACAGUACACGCGCGACUUUGGCGAAAGCUCGUUCACACGAAGGCUGCGCGCGUUGACUCGUCGACUGGUUGAAUGGAAGUUCACGCGCAUGUCCGAGGUGGUCGCUGCACUGAGUGAGGCGAAGUCUGUCGCCAUGCAAGAAGAGAAGCAGAGGAACCUCGAGUUCUACCACGUUCACAACGUGAAUAAAGAUUAA